GUACUGUAAGAUAUAACAAAAAUAGCGCUUGAACCACUUUCCUAGUCCACUAUAUUAACCGCUAAAUCUGCAUCUGCAUCUCCGUCUCGGUCAACAUUUAUUACAGGAAAUUCACAUCGUACAUCGUUAACAUCUACAAUUGUAUCAUCGAACUCUUCAUCUUCAAACAACAUUUUGGUAUUAUCACACUAUUAUUGACCCGGGCCAUGUGUCAUUCUCAAUAGGCGUUUACAGCUUUCAGAUCCCUCGCAUUCAUCGGAACACAAUCAUAAUUUAAUACCUCGCAUAACAUCGUUAUUAUCCACACACAGUAUCACCAAUUCCUCUACGCCUGAACCAAAGUCGGCCCCUCUGAUUCACCCUGAUGGUUGGAUGGAUGAUUCACAUUCUUCCCAGGGGAGAAGGAGCCAUUGUCGUAUCUCGAGUAGGCUUUCUGAACCCCCUCUGAGUCCUCAGUCCUUCCAAGGAGUCAACACAAACGAGCCGCAGGUCCACGACACUGACGAUUAUACCAUUCAACGAUCAAUACCUAUAUGUACACCUACACUUCCUAUGCCGCUAUCAUCUCGCCCUCUUUCAUCUUCUCUCACGACCCCUAAACCUUCACUUAUGUUUGCCAUUGCCAGUGACGAUGUUCAACAAGUCCGUCAAGUGCUGGAAUGUGGCGAAGCUAGCCCAAAUGACAACGCGGGACCUCAAUCGGCUUUGGCCUUUGCUAUUACGAACAAUCAGCUGUCGCAAAGGUUAGAGAUCGUAAAGACUUUGCUAGCCUUCGGCGCCGAUACUUCUUCGCUUCAUAAGGAGCUUGAGACAACCCAUGGAGCUGAUGCUAAAUCGUCGGCCUCUGCCUUGGAUCAAAUGGAUGCGGCCACUCGGUAUUACAUUUCCAGGACAGAUGCGGUCCUUACACGUAGUUCUUCUACGCUGAUACAGCGUUCUUCGUUCCGACCACUGGCUCGCAUUCGUUUCGGGGUCGUCGGCCAAGAUCGAGCCCUUGAACAGUUGUUCAGGGUCUUGAGCAUACACAAUAAUCAAAAAGCGACAGUGCCCAUUGUGAUACUUUUGUGCGGUCCUAGCGGGCACGGGAAAAGUCUUUUGGCGCAGAAAUUUGGACCCCUUCUUGACGUUCCAACUCACACCGUUAAUAUGACAACGCUACGAUCCGCUCAUGACUUGUGGCAAUCUUAUUCGAUAAGCCCUUAUCAGGACGGCUCUCCUUGCACACUGGUAGAAUUUCUGAUAAACAACGAAGGCAAACGAUGUGUCGUUGUGCUUGACGAGAUAGAGAAGACCCAGAAUCCCAGCGUUCUCUGGUCUCUGCUCCUCCCGUGGGAACUCGGCCGAUGUUCUUUCGAGGCUAACACCAUGAACAUCGACGUUCACAAUACUAUAUGGCUUGGAACAUCAAAUAUUGGCCAGGACCUUGUCUUCGAAUAUCAUGAAUCAUUGAAGCAUCCUGAAAAGGUUAUGUCUCGGGAAGAGUAUGUCAAGUUGAUGUCCCUCUUGCGACCUCGUGUCUCAGAACGCCUUGGUUCGUCCAUCCUUUCUCGGGUUACAACCAUAUUACCCUUUGUCCCUUUUACGUUGGAUGAGACCAGGGCUAUUGCUUCGGAGGCAUUGCAGUCAAUAUCGGGAGAUGUCAUGAAAGACAUGCCUUCCCAGGUCCUCACCUCCGUAAUCGAGGGUGCUGUCUUAGGAUCUAUUCCGUCCGAGGGUGCACGAUCUCUAUACCGCGCGGUGUCAAAUCUGUUGGUAGAUGCCAUGGAUCUAGUUUAAUAUAUCUGAACGCUGAAGCGGGUUGUGAUUGCAAGUGCGGUUUCCCUUCAAGCCCACCCGGAGUCAUGUUGAGCAUUUGCGGAUCAAGCACAUGCUUUCGAUGCUUGGUGAAAUCUAGCCAAAUUCCGGUUAUAUUCCGUCAAAAAGCAUGUUCUGUACAGAAAAUGAC